CACCUGUUCACACUCGGUGUUUGCAGGCAGAAAAAGGGAAGAUGUGGAGAAGUUCACUUUCCUUACCCUCACUAAGACAGUUUUCGUCUUCACUUGAAAUUCCCACUCUUUAUUCCUUCCUCCAACCCUCCAUCUUUGCCCUGAAGAAAACUUCGGCAGCUCCACCAACCCCCAAAAUCCAAGGUUCAACCCCAAAAACCCUAGCGCUAGAUGACAAAGAUGCCCUAGAAUUAAAUCUCCAAACUUCCCUGGACAAUCAAAAUACUGACGAGGCGUGGAAAUCUUUCAAGAUCCUCACAAGCAACUCAACCUUGCCGAGUAAGCAUCUCUCCAACUCCCUCAUUACCCAAUUAUCUUCUCUCAAAGACGUUCAUAAUCUCAAGAGGGCUUUUGCUUCUGUGAUAUUUUUAUUAGAGAAGAACCCACAAUCACUUUCUUUCGAAACCAUACAGAUCCUGUUACAGUCCAUGAAGUCAGCAAACACUGCUGCCCCUGCGUUUUCUUUAAUCAAAUCUAUGUUUAAGAACAGGUUUUUCCCUCCUUUUAGUCUUUGGGGACCCGUGCUUAUUGAAAUUAGCAGGAAAAAUGGUAGCUUUGUUGCGUUCUUACGAGUUUUUAAUGAGAACUGUAGGAUCGCCUUGGAUGAGAAAUUGGAUUACAUGAAGCCUGAUUUGGUCGCUUGUAAUGCUGCCCUGGAGGGGUGUUGUUAUGAUCUGGGGUCUGUGAGUGAUGCCCAAAAUGUUUUGGAGACAAUGUCUCUCCUGGUUGUUCGUCCAGACGAAUCGAGUUUUGGAUUUCUUGCAUACCUGUAUGCACUGAAGGGGCUUGAAAACAAGAUCAUUGAAUUGGAGAAGUUGAUGGAUGGUUUCGAUUUUCCAUCAAAAAGAACGUUUUACAUUAAUCUGAUUAAUGGUUAUUUGAAAUCAGUCAGUUUAGAAUUUGUCUCUGCAACUGUACUGCGUAGUUUGCAAGAGGGAGAGGGAAAAGAAUCAAAUUUUAUGGAAGAAACUUAUGGUGGGAUUGUGAAGGGGUUUCUUCAAAAGGGAGGUGUCAAGGAUUUAGCAAAGUUAAUUAUUGAAGCUCAGAAGUUGGAGUCUUCUUCGAUCAGUAUUGAUAGCUCUGUUGGGUUUGGAAUUGUGAAUGCAUGUGUUAAUCUUGGUUUAUUAGAUAAAGCACACAGCAUUUUGGAUGAGAUGAAUGCUCUGGGAGGUUUUGUUGGCCUUGGGGUUUAUGUGUCUAUCUUGAAGGCUUACUGUAAAGAGCAUCGGACAACUGAGGCUGCUCAAUUGGUUACUGAGAUCAGUGCUUCAGGGCUUCAGUUGGAUGCCAGUAGCUAUGAUGCUUUGAUAGAGGCAGCCAUGUCAAGCCAAGAUUUUCAGUCGGCUUUUUCUCUGUUUAGGGACAUGAGAGAGGCGAGAACACAUGAUUUGAAGAGUAGUUACUUGACUAUAAUGACAGCUUUAACUGAGAAUCACCGGCCUGAGCUAAUGGCAGCAUUCCUAGAUGUGGUAGUCGAGGACCCACGAGUUGAAGUGGGUACUCAUGAUUGGAAUUCAAUUAUUCAUGCCUUCUGUAAGAUUGGGCGGCUAGAGGAUGCAAGACGGACCUUUAGAAGGAUGGUGUUUCUUCAAUUUGAACCUAAUGAUCAAACCUACUUGUCUCUUAUAAAUGGGUACACGACAGCAGAGAAAUAUUUUAGUGUCUUGAUCCUGUGGACAGAAGUAAGGAAACGGAUAUCCUCCAGUGAGGAGAAGGUUGUCAAGUUUGAUAGCAACUUGGUGGAUGCAUUCUUGUAUGCUUUGGUUAAGGGGGGUUUCUUUGAUGCUGUUAUGCAAGUUGUAGAAAAGGCAAAGGAGAUGAAGAUAUUUGUUGAUAAGUGGAGGUACAAGCAAGCUUUUAUGGAGACCCAUAAGAAGCUCAAAGUAUCAAAACUGAGGAAGAGGAACUUUAGGAAGAUGGAAGCACUUAUUGCUUUUAAGAAUUGGGCUGGUUUGAGUGCAUGAACUUAGCUGUUGCUCUAAUCUUAGUUUGUUUUCUUUGAGUUAUCAACUUAUAUUGCACAGCUUGACAGUUACUGAUUGACACCUGAGCAGCGAUGUCUCAACUUAUAAUGUGUUAUAAAAUUUUCCUGGUCAGUGUUGCAAAUUUUAGCCUUUUUCUCCCCCUUUUUACAAUUUGCAUUCCAAUAUUACCUCAGUGCUUGGGAAUAUGUUUAUGAGGUUUAACUGGGGAGUGGUUUGAAUUUGGUAAUGACAUGGAGAACCUGGUCUUCGCCCAAUUUUAUUGUUUGAACAUACCUAGUGCAAUAAGGAGAAUAUUUCCUCAAUUUGCAUUGAUCCAUUAUUUGAGUUCCCAAGCA